CGCACCACGGGCCCCUGCCCUGCCUCUCUCCGGCGCGCGCGCGCUCUCGUCUCUUCCUUUAGUAGCUCGCUGCAGAGCGGGAGCAGGAGCGGCGCAGGCGGCGGGGCCGGAGUGGCUUGAGGCGGCCAUUGCCUACAGCGAGAGCGCAGCGCACUGAGCCCCCUCCCCUUGGGACACUCUCUCUCUCUCACACACACACACGCGAUGCCCUCGGCCACUAACAGCACUAUGGCGAGCAGCAGCGCCAAAGUGGGGCCAGCGGCGGCGGGCAGCGAGGCCGCCCCGGCAGCAGCUCCCCCUCAGGCAGUAGCGGCUGCGGGUGGCAGCACCAGCUCGGUGCAGACCGAGGCCAUGAAGCAGAUCCUGGGAGUGAUCGACAAGAAGCUGCGCAACCUGGAGAAGAAGAAGGGCAAACUUGAUGAUUACCAGGAUCGAAUGAACAAAGGAGAGCGCCUUAAUCAAGAUCAACUGGAUGCAGUGUCUAAGUACCAGGAAGUCACGAAUAACUUGGAAUUUGCUAAAGAACUACAAAGGAGUUUCAUGGCUCUGAGCCAAGAUAUCCAGAAAACAAUAAAGAAGACAGCUCGCCGGGAGCAGCUGAUGCGAGAAGAAGCUGAACAGAAACGUUUAAAGACUGUACUUGAGCUGCAGUUUAUUUUGGACAAGUUAGGAGAUGAGGAAGUGCGCAGUGACCUGAAACAAGGAUCAAAUGGUAUCCCUGUACUGACAGAGGAGGAACUGAAAAUGCUAGAUGAGUUUUACAAGCUAGUUGAACCUGUGCGGGACAUGACUAUGAGGCUGAAUGAACAGUAUGAGCAAGCAUCCAUUCACCUGUGGGACUUACUGGAAGGGAAGGAUAAGCCUGUUUGUGGAACUACCUACAAGGCCUUGAAGGAUGUUGUUGAACGCAUUCUUCAAACUAGUUAUUUUGAUAGUACCCACAAUCAUCAGAAUGGAUUGUGUGAUGAAGAGGAGGCAACUCCUGCACCUGCAGUGGAAGAUCCUGUAGCAGAAGCUGAACCUGAGCCAACAGAAGAGUACACUGAACCAAGUGAAGUUGAAUCAACUGAGUAUGUAAAUAGACAGUUCAUGGCGGAGACUCAGUUCAGUAGCAGUGAGAAGGAACAGGUGGAUGAGUGGACAGUUGAAACAGUUGAGGUUGUAAACUCACUCCAACAACAACCACAAACAACGUCUCCUCCAGUUCCUGAACCCCAUGCUCUUGCUACUGUGACUCCAGCUGACCCUCUUGUUAGGAGACAGCGUGUACAGGACCUUAUGGCACAGAUGCAGGGCCCAUACAACUUCAUGCAGGAUUCCAUGUUGGAGUUUGAGAAUCAGGCUCUUGAUCCUGCCAUCGUAUCAGCUCAGCCCAUGAAUCCAACACAGAACUUGGACAUGCCACAGAUGGUUUGCCCUCCAGUUCAUGCUGAAUCUAGACUUGCCCAGCCUAACCAAGUUCCUGUGCAACCAGAAGCUACGCAGGUGCCCUUGGUUUCUUCUACAAGUGAGGGUUACACAGCAUCCCAACCCAUGUAUCAGCCUUCUCAUACAACAGAGCAACGACCACAGAAAGAAUCAAUUGACCAGAUUCAGGCUUCAAUGUCUUUGAGUACAGACCAAACCCCAGCAUCAUCACCGCUUCCUACUGCAUCCCAGCCGCAGGUAUUCCAGGCUGGUUCUAGCAAACCUUUACAUAGCAGUGGAAUAAAUGUUAAUGCAGCUCCAUUCCAGUCCAUGCAGACAGUAUUCAAUAUGAAUGCACCUGUUCCUCCUGUCAAUGAGCCAGAAACCUUAAAGCAACAAAAUCAAUACCAGGCCAGUUACAACCCGAGUUUCUCCAAUCAGCCUCAUCAAGUAGAACAAUCAGAACUUCAACAAGAACAGCUCCAGACAGUGGUUGGCACCUACCAUGGUUCCCCGGAUCAGUCCCAUCAAGUGGCAGGUAACCACCAGCAGCCUCCACAACAGAAUACUGGGUUCCCACGUAACAAUCAGCCUUAUUAUAACAGCCGGGGAGUGUCUCGUGGUGGAUCACGCGGCACUCGGGGCUUAAUGAAUGGAUACAGGGGACCUGCCAAUGGGUUUAGAGGAGGGUAUGAUGGCUACCGCCCUUCAUUUUCCAACACUCCAAACAGUGGUUACUCACAGCCUCAAUUUAAUGCUCCUCGGGACUACUCCAACUACCAACGGGAUGGAUAUCAACAGAAUUUUAAACGUGGCUCUGGACAGAGUGGACCUCGGGGAGCCCCUCGAGGUCGUGGAGGGCCCCCAAGACCCAGCAGAGGGAUGUCUCAAAUGAAUGCUCAGCAAGUGAAUUAAACUUAUCCCACAGGAUUACAUUAAACGCCAAAAACACACUGGCCAAUGUACCAUACAUGUUACCAGAAGAGUUAUUAUCUAUUUGUUCUCCCUUACAGGAAGUUCAUUGUAAUGGGACUAUUUUCAUUACCCAUAAAGACAGGACUACAGUUGUCAGCUUUAUAUUACCUGGAUAUGGAAAGAAACAACGUUUACUCUGCAUGUUCUGUCCUAAGCAUCAUCUUGAGCCUUGCACAUGAGAUUCAAAUUUGUCACUCUUGCUAUGAGUAAAGCAAAAAAGGCAAUUUCAGGGUGAUCAAAUCUCCAUGGUUUACUGAAGUGGCAGAAAAAAGCAAGACUGCCUCACUUCUGACAUUCUGUAGUGAUGCAACAAUCGGCAAAUCCCUAAAGAUUUUAUUCUGAUGGCAGUUGACAAAAUUAAACUUUCUCACGAAAGAAGGAUGGAAGAAGUGAAGUGUGGUUUGGCACAGCAACUACAUUUCAGCUUUUUCACGUUAAAAUGAAGCACUGAACAGUUUACGAUGCAUAAUGAUGCAUAUAUCCCUAACUAGACAAAUAAGCUGACAGCCAGCUUUUGAUAGACAAGAUACACCCUUAGCUACAGCAUUCUCCAUCACCAGGCUCAGUUUACUGUGGCUAAGGAUACAUAAAUUGCUUUUGUGUAACUGCUGAUAUAAUUGUAUAAGGUUUUUUUUAACCCUCCUCCCCCCAAAAUUAGCUUUGAUUGGCACUUUAAAACUUUUGCGACAAAUAUGGGAUAUAAUCUGGACGCCCACUUGUAUAUUUGAUGUGAAGUAUCUAGAUAUCUCUCUUGAACAUAUUUAAGUUUCUUUGAUAGCAAUGACUUUUGUAAGGAUUGGUAUUGUCUCUAUCAUUCCUUAUGACUUGCACAUUGUCUGUCACUAAUACUUGACCUUGCUGUAUUAUCACCUAAAUAACUGAUACCGGUACUGAUGGAAAUCUCUAAUGGAUAAUCAUAAUACUUUUGGUCACAUGUCCUUUUGUCUUUUCUGCAGCCUGAAGGUUUUAAGAAAUCUCAAAUGCCCGCUGCUGCUGCCCUUUUAAUUGCUAUCUUUUGAAAAGCACCAGUAUGUGUUUGGAUCGGUUUCCCCUUUUAAGGGAAAUGACAGCCAGCAGUUACAGUUCUAACGGUAUAAGCAAGACAAAUAAAACAUGUUUAUAAAAAUUGUAUUGUGGAACAAUGGUUUUCAGCUACUGAUGCAGACUUCACAUGAUGGAGAUAGACAUUUACAUAAGCCUGUUUGUUCCUUUUUAAAUUAUUCCAAAAGUUAUAACACUGUUAACUGUUGUCUUAAUUCACACUGCUCUUCUCCAUGGAGACUUUCAUGUUAGUUGAGUCAACAUAUUGUGUAAAAGAAUUAGGUUGGGACUGAGAGAUGGGAACUUACAAAUCUUAUCCCAGUUUUGCCACUUGCAAAAUGAUCUUGGUCAUAUUGGUUAAUCUUUGUGCCUGUUUCCCUAUCUAAAAUGGGGAGAAUACAUAUCUACCUCUAUAGAGGUGUUUAGUACAAAUGCAUGUUAUAGCACACCGCAGAUGUAAAGUGCUAUUAAAGGUCAUUAAGCAACAGCCACAUAUUGAACAGAGGAUGUUUAAAUCAUGAGAUAAUGGUAUUGU